AUGAAGGUUACAUGUGUCACAACUGGUGUGGAGGGAGGCAGGCAGGUGGUGAAUGAACAGGUAGCCUCCGGGAGGUUCGAUACGCAGGAGCCAAGUACUAUGGUGGAAUUGAGUCAGGUCGUGCAUGCUUCUGUGAAGAAGUUCAUGGAGACAGAUUUUGCCUUCCUCCUUUAUUUGUGCGAGCUAGACUUGGAGGGCCUUCGCCAGUUGUGUCGUGAUCCUGACGCCGCGGAAAACCGUCCUGAGGGUGACCCUCUCAAAGUUGGAUCUUCCUCCACUACUCUCGGUAAGUGA